UUAAGACAGAAGUGCUGGUAGGAAUCUGAAUGAGAGGAACCCAAUGAUUCCAGGCUUGGCAUCUGUGUUGGAGUUCUAGGAAAUCUGAGCACAUGUUCGAGUCGGAGGGAGCCAUUUUGAGGCAGGCAAGACCACAUGGAGGUUACGUAAGAUCUGAAUGUGUACAAACGAGGCACAAGGCAGGCUCCCUUAUUUCAUCUUUAGGGUCAAGUUAGAAGGUUGGAGCAGAGAUAACACUCAGCAUGCUGUAAGGAGCGGUGAACAGAUCUGCUGUUGGUUGAAGUUUAACCGGUACGAGGGGUGGUGCUACUGUCAGAGCUGUACCGUAUCCAUGCUCUCUAUCAAGAGGCAGAAAAACAUGUUAUGCAACCUUGUCUAUUUUGUGCACUGUGUUCUUAACAAAAAAGGGGUGAAAGAGCAGGGAGGGGGAAAUGGAGACUCAUAAACAAACACCUUUGCUUCUACACAUACUGCAUUGAUACUUUUCUGGAGUAUGCAAUUUGAUUUUAUUUCUAUAGCACUUUCAACAACGGACAUCAUCUCAAAGCACAGAAAUUCGGAUUUGUAUAUUUUGAUCGAGCCAAAGGCGACGAUGGCAAGGAACAUUUCCCAGAAAUGGCACUCGGAAGAAACCUCGGAAGGGAACACGUCCUCUUCUGGGUGACACCGAAUAGUGCGACAUGGCAGAUGGAGAGGGUUUUGUGGUGCGAGUGAGAGGAUUGCCUUGGUCCUGUUCAGCAGAUGAAGUCCAGAGAUUCUUCUCAGAAUGUAAGAUCGCAAACAACGGCACGAGCAUACACUUCACCUACACAAGGGAAGGGCGGCCGAGCGGAGAGGCAUUUGUGGAGUUCGAAAGUGAGGAAGAUCUGAAGAUUGCCGUGAAGAAGGACAGAGAAACCAUGGGACAUCGUUAUGUAGAAGUCUUCAAAUCCAACAAUGUGGAGAUGGACUGGGUCUUAAAGCACACCGGUCCUAACUGUCCAGACACAGCAGGGGACGGCCUGGUCAGGCUUCGAGGUCUGCCCUUUGGCUGCAGCAAAGAGGAGAUUGUUCAGUUUUUUGCAGGGUUGGAAAUCGUGCCAAAUGGGAUAACAUUGCCGGUGGACUUCCAGGGGAGGAGUACGGGGGAGGCCUUCGUGCAGUUUGCUUCACAGGAUAUAGCUGAAAAGGCUCUAAAGAAACACAAGGAAAGAAUAGGGCACAGGUACAUAGAGAUUUUCAAGAGCAGCCGUGCAGAGGUGCGUACGCACUACGAGCCGCAGAGGAAGGUGAUGGGAAUGCAGAGACCGGGACCUUAUGACCGUCCGGGUGGCCGCGGCUACAACAGCAUGAGCCGCGGGGUCUCGUUUGAGCGCGUUCGCCGCGGAGGAUAUGGAGGAGAUGGCCGUUACGGAGACGGCGGUUCCUCUUUUCAGAGCACAACUGGUCACUGUGUGCAUAUGAGAGGCCUUCCGUACAGAGCCACAGAAACUGACAUCUACAACUUUUUCUCUCCCCUGAACCCGGUGCGUGUGCACAUGGAGAUCGGACCUGACGGGAGAGUCACGGGUGAAGCCGACGUCGAGUUCGCUACACAUGAGGACGCAGUGGCCGCCAUGUCGAAGGACAAAGCCAACAUGCAGCAUCGCUACGUCGAGCUGUUCCUGAACUCGACAGCAGGAGGCGGCAGCGGUGGAUAUGGAGGUCAGAUGAUGGGAAACCAGUCGUCCUACGGGCACGGCGGUCAGCAGAUGAGCUCCGGAUACAGCGGUGGCUACAGCAACCAGAGCAGCAUGGGAGGAUACAGUGAUUACAGUAAUCAGGGCGGAAUGGGGAGUAGUUACUACGGCGGGGGAAGCCGAGGCUCGAUGGGGAUGAAUGGCCUGAACAGCAGCAUGGGCGGAGGCUGGGGAAUGUAACUAACACUCCGACCUCCACUGACCUCCCCGAUUUAAUGUUUCUCCAUGAUUUCAUUUGCUUUCCUAGUGCAACUUUUUUUUUUUUUUUUUAAUUGCUAUUUUUACCUUACGAAGUGAAAACUUUUGUCCAAACUGGAUUAUUACAGUUUUAUUUUCGCUCUUGUUUUUGUAUUAAAAGUGAAGUACGUUUCUGGAAGUUUCUUUAGCAAUGGCAAAGUUGCUUAUCAGUUAGUUGAAAUGUAUUUAAUUGCACAAAGAUUUGACCACGUUUCUCUCCCGAAUGUCUGGAGUGGGGGGGAAGUAUUCUGGUUUCCAGUGAGAAGCUGAAAAUGUUGUACUGUUGUAAAGCAUGUGUUGCAGAAGUCCAGAGGGAGUCGUCGCCGUAGUAACUCUAAUGUUAAACAGAUGCAUGCAGUGAUAGUGUUUUGAUAGUGUGAGCCUCUCUCUAACUGUAAUUGUUUUGUAGUGUGACACGAGGAACGGAUUUGAGGUCCAGUUUUCAUUUUUGCACAGACGAGCUGAUAUUUUUGCUGGGGAUGUGUUUAUUAAAAUAUGUAUCGUUCUAUGAA